AACUGAUAUGAGAUUCUAAAUUUUGUUAGAAGAACAAUGCAUGAUUGAAGUGACAAAACUUAACUAUUGUGGAAUGUCGCUGAUUUGGAAAAUGUGAUUGUAAACGUAUUCACUGUUUCAUUAGGUCUCAGGUUAAAAUUUCAGCAAAGACAAAAAUAUUAGUGAUUUCUUGUCAUCUAUCUUAAUCUUGGUGGGCAGUUGGUAGGAGGUGGCAGGUAUCAGUGGACUUAGUCGAAGAGGUCUCGGGUUCAAAUUUUAGCUGAGACAAAAACAUUUGGUGACCUGGUAUUGAUGGACAGAGUUAUCUGUUAUAUGUUGUUGUUGGUGGAGGUGGCACGUAUCUCGUGGAAUUAGUUAAGGUGCGCAAGCUUACUUGGAAACCACGGUUAUCAAAAAAAAAAAAAGAAACAACUGUUACAUUGGUACAUGAUAAAUUGGAUGACUUUGAAGGGCAAUAUGAAAAGGAUUGGGUGCUUUAGCAUUUUGCUCGUACUUCAUAUUUCCUGUAUAAAACCUCUACUUUCAUUCCAAAGUCAAUAUGUAAGAAAAUUGUUAAGCUAGGACUAAGUCAGUUAUUUUCACCUUUUUGUUGUGUGGGAGAGGCUUGAGGUAGCCAGAAGUGGAAAGGAAGGCCCGGUAAGGAUGCAAGGUAGGAGCUGUUGGAAUGAGCUAGUACUGAAUUCGUGUUGUCGUGGAAACUUAAUGGAUUAAAGGGCGGUUGUUAAGGAAUAUGACUGAACUUCUUUCCAUGGCCAUGGCCAUGGCUGUUGAUGAUGACAUGAAAGAUGAUAGUGUUUCUCCGCUUGACUUCAAUUCUAUAGGUAGCAACAAGAGUGGAGAUGUGCUUUCACCUGAGGAUGUAGCAUGGGCUGACUCAUGCCUCAUUAGUGAUCUUGCUAUAUUGGACCAUGGCAUGGAUUCUUUGAAACACGUCUUACUGGACACUUUUCCUUCCCAAACAAUCUUUUCUGCAGUGAUGAGGGAUGACUCCCCUCGAGACUCUCCUAUUUUCCCCACCAUCGAAAAGACAGGAAUUUCAGGGAUUGUAGAUGACACGAUUUAUGAUUUUUCUCCAUCCAAUGAACAAGAAGGGGACACUACUCGUCAUCUGAUUAAUAACAUAGAUACAGAUACUUUUUGGUCCAGAAUUAACUCAGAAAAUGUUUUUUCCCCCACCUAUAAUGAGGAUGUGAGAUUAGUUGAACCCUUUGAUUCUGAAGUAGAUUCAGAGUUUUCAACAUUUGUCGAGGAUAAUUUGGAUGACUACAUAUUCAAGGUCUGGGAACUUGACAUUCCUGAUGAGGAAGAUGUACUUGUUAAACAGCUCAACAAAGCCCUUGUAGGAAGCUUCGUGGACUCCACCCCUCCAGCUUCUGAAAAUGUUGUACUGGUUGAUAAGUUGCAGUCCACCCCUCCAGCUUCUGAAAAUGUUGUACUGGUUGAUAAGUUGCUUGAUGAUAUCGUUUCUGGCCUUGAUGACCUGUCGUUGAAUCCAAUAACUGAUUAAGUUAUGUUGCAAAUCCAAAUCUGGUCAGGACCAUGCUGCUUUAGAUGCAAAGCUCGAGUAGUUUAAACAAAAAUUCAACGACUCCGUUUUGCAGCUUACUGUUUCUGACUCAUUUUCUAGUAGAAAGAGGGUCGCAUGUCUGUGUACGGUCCAGGAAGGAAAGACGAUCACAUACGCUCAGACAUAAAUUUGCAAUGUUGUUCUGUAUUUUAGUUACUACCCCUAUUUAGCUUGAUUAUUAAGUAGCAACUAGUGUAAGAAAACAGGUUUUUUUCCUUGAACUUUCCUUGUAUAUUGUUAUAGAUUACUUGGGUAAUGCUUUCCUUCCUUUGGACUGGAGUGUAUUAGCUGAUGCAAGAGAUUGGAUUUUAGAUUUGGUGCAUGAAAUUUUUUGGAGUUAUU